UUAGUGCUAGUAUGGAUCUUGUCGAGCUGUGUUCUGGACUUCAAGUUAAUCCACUCCCGCCACCAAGAGAGAGAUGUUCAAAUGUAGCUCAUGCUCCCAACAGGAACCAUAAUCUCAAUCCCAGUGAAAGAAUCCAGGCAAUCAAAAAUGCUCUGCGGUAUUUCCCUAAGGAGUGUCACAGCGAACUGGCUGCAGAGUUUGCAAAAGAACUGGACGAUUUCGGUCAUAUCUACAUGUACAGGUUUAUGCCGGACACUUCACUGAUGCGAGCAUACCCGAUAUCAGAGUACAAGACAAAGCUAGUGGAGGGAGCAGCUGUGAUACUCAUGAUAAUGAACAACUUGGACUGGAGAGUCGCACAGUUCCCUGAGGAGCUGGUUACUUACGGUGGUAACGGCCAGGUGUUUAGUAAUUGGGCGCAGUUUAGACUAACUCUACAUUAUUUGAGUACAAUGACAAACGAACAAACCCUCUCCAUCAUGUCCGGCCACCCUGCUGGUCUAUUUCCCUCUCACAAGAGGGCACCACGGGUUGUGAUAGCUAACGGUAUGAUGAUUCCUAACUACAGUUCUAAAGACAUGUACGACAAACUAUUUGCUAUGGGUUGUACCAUGUACGGUCAAAUGACUGCCGGAAGCUACUGUUACAUCGGUCCCCAAGGAAUAGUCCACGGCACGACCAUCACAGUGAUGAACGCUGGUCGGAAGUACCUAGGCCCCAACAACACGGCCGGUAAAGUAUACGUAACAUCUGGUCUGGGUGGGAUGAGUGGAGCUCAGGGUAAAGCUAUAGUUAUUGCAGGCUAUGUUGGAGUUGUGGCUGAGGUUUCCCGAGAAGCUCUGGAUAAAAGACACGCUCAGGGUUGGAUCCAAGAGGUGGCUGACUCUGUUGAUCAGUGUAUAGAGCUUGUCAGAGAAGCAAGGAAGGCCACGAGAGUUCUCAGUAUUGGAUUUCAUGGAAAUGUGGUGACCUUAUGGGAGGGAUUUGCAGCGUACACAGAGCGCACUGAAGAGAACCUGGUCGAACUUGCCAGUGAUCAAACCUCCCUCCACAACCCCUUUAACGGCGGGUACUACCCCGUACAGUUGUCUUACGAGGAGAGCAAUGUGAUGAUGAACUCUGAUCCGGCUCAGUUUAAAUCUUUAGUUGAGGAGUCGUUAAGGAGACAAGUCAAAGCUGUUAAUUACCUUUGUGGUAAGGGGAUGCAUUUCUGGGACUAUGGAAACGCUUUCCUUCUUGAGGCCAGUAGAGCCGGAGCAGAUGUCACUAAGCCGGAUGGUAGCUUUAUUUACCCGACCUACGUACAGCUGACUAUCGGCAAUGUGUUUUCGCUCGGGUUCGGACCCUUCAGGUGGGUUUGUGCCAGUGGCAGGGAGGAGGAUCUCCAGAAAUCAGAUGAGAUAGCUGCUGGGGUUAUCAGAGAGCAACUUACUGAGAGCCCUAGUCCGGAGGUGGAGGGUAACCUUCGAGAUAACCUCACUUGGGUGGAGAAAGCAAUGGACAACAAGCUGGUUGUGGGGUCCCAAGCUCGUAUCCUGUACUGCAACCAGGCGGGCAGAUCUAGGAUAGCAGCUGCUUUCAACAGAGCUGUCGCUUCCGGGGAUAUAUCUGCCCCUGUUGUGCUAUCACGUGAUCACCACGACGUGAGUGGAACGGACUCUCCCUACAGAGAGACAUCCAACAUUACUGACGGCUCUAUGUGGUGCGCUGACAUGUCCAUUCAGAAUGUGAUCGGAGACGCGCUGCGCGGCGCUACUUACGUCAGCAUCCACAACGGUGGUGGAGUUGGCUGGGGCGAGGUGAUGAACGGAGGGUUCGGGAUGGUGCUGGACGGUAGUGAGGAGGCAGGUGAAAAAGCAGUUUCCAUGUUACACUGGGACGUAAGUAACGGGGUCUGUAGGCGAGCCUGGGCCGGCCACCCUCUAGCUCAACAGGCUAUGUCCAACACUCAGGACACUGUGCCUGGGUAUCAUGUCACCAUGUGUAACAAUGCUGAUGAGGAUUUGAUCCGGAGCCUUUAGAGAGUGAACGUUUCAACCAUGAUUAACUGAACACUGGAUUUAGGAUUAUCAGAAUACUUUACAUUGCUUUUUAAUUCACUGUGACGGCGUGACCCGUAUCUGUAUUUUUAUUCGUUGCUAAUGUUUAGAUAUUCGUUUUAUGGGAGUUUUUAUAAUACCAGAUUGUUAGCAUUUUAACCCGAGCGUUGGAAUAUUUCAUUUAUUGUCGAAAAUUUCUGUUAUUUACCGAUAUUGAGGAUGUAUUUUAAGAGAGUAUUUAAUUUUUGUCAUUUUUAGUGACCCCCGCACAAACUUUAUUUUGACUGGUAUAUUUUGUAUGUGUAGACUGAGCUGUAUUGUACGUAUAGCAUGAGAAUUGUGCUUUUUCAACUUUUAGAGUUUCAC